GCACUGGCUUAAUUGUUUACAAAUGGCGGACAGCAGCUUGUAAAAGUGACAUGUGUGCAUAGUUUUGAUAAAAUUUAUACUUUGUUCUUGCAAAAUACAAUAGUUGUAGUGUUGAAAAUGUUGUCAAAUCGAUGGUUUGGCAGCUUUAGAACGUUUUCACUGCAGCUUACGCCCUCGCGCAUUCUGCAUUUUUCUGAUUUCAUCGAUGUGUUUGCUUUUUUGGGAGCUUAUUAUUUUGUUAAAAAGUGCUUGAAAACAGCAGCGCUCUUGACUGAUACAGUGAAUGCCCAUGUCUUAAGCAGAUUGAGACCUUACAGCAAUGAAUGGUGGAUGGAAAGUUUUGGACCGUGGGCAGUCUUACGCUUAGUUCACUCCUCAAGGAUUACCUGGCAAUUCAGGGUCUCGACUAGCGUUCAGCUUUGGACUUUGACGAACGAAACUACAAAAUCACCCGUGGUGACUGGUAGCAGUGAAGGAAUCGGUCAGGCAUAUGCAUAUGAACUGGCGCGGCGAGGUCUCAAUGUGGUAUUGAUUAGUGAAAAUGAACGCAGGUUGAGGAGUACACAGGUGCUACUAGAGGGCAGAUUUGCUGUGAAAGUGGAAUACAUUGUCGUGGAUUUUGCCUCAGCUGAUCAAACUGAAGUGUAUAACCGUAUCUGGGAAGUUCUUGAGGAUAAGGAUAUUGGCCUUUUAGUGAACAAUGUCGGAGUGAGCUACCGUUGCCCUGAUGUGUUGCUGAGCAUCUCUCGGGAAGAUUUGUGGAGGCUCAUAUAUGUCAACAUUGGGGCAGCCACAAUGAUGACGCACAUGCUCCUCCCUGGUAUGGUCAAGCAAGGGCGAGGUGGCCUGGUUGUCGUCUCGGCUGGCUCCUCCACACAGAUCACGCCUCAGAUGACCGUCUACUCUGCCACCAAGCGGUACCUUGACUACUUCAUCCAGGGUGUGGCUUAUGAAUACCGUCACUCGGGCCUGACUUUCCAGUGCCUCAUGCCCUUCUAUGUGAAUACGAGGAUGACUGGCUUCAGCGACACUUUGACCCGCUCCCGUGGAUUCUUUCCAUCAGCCAAGCAGUACGCAAGCAAUGCUAUACUCACUCUUGGCAGGGCAAGCCUCACCACAGGAUAUUUCUAUCAUACCCUCCAGUUGUGGUUGGCGUGGAUGCUGCCCUCUGGCCUGUGGAUGUGGGGAUCGGAAAAACUCAACAACGCACUGAGACGAGAAGCUCAGAACAGAGCACUGCGCAGGGUGCACAAAUCUGCCUCUGAUGAAACCAUGGUGUCCGUUGCCAUGACACCUGCCUAGUCUGUUGAUCUUGUUCUCCAUGUUUUUGUGGACACCUGGACACCCUAACCUUUCCCGCAUCCCUCUAACUUUUUUACUCCCCCUAACUAGAUUACACAGAGUUGCAGAAUGUUCAAAGAACGGAGUGGGCUCCUCAGCAAGGCCUGAAGGGUCUCUGAGCUGAACAAAAUUUGUUUUACAGUCUCGAGUCACUUGUCAGAGCAAAUAGUAGGCCCUACUGUUUUUUGUUUGUUUUAAAUUUGAUGUCGCAAGUGACGAAAUAUGACACAGUAGGCCUAUGUUGUUCAGUACAAUAAGGUCUUUGAAGCCUUUAGAACAUGAGCUUGUUUCUGUUGCUAUAGUGUUUAGCUGAACAGAUGAUACCAAGUCUCAGUGCUGGACAGAAUGCUAGUCUGUUGCAGAUAAAAUUUACUCCUUCAAGUUCACAGGGAUAUCUGCACAGUGUUUAUUUUAGACUAGAGCCAAGUGAGAAAAAGAUCAAACAAAGUCCUAUUCCCAAGAAUACUGUGCUUAGUUAGACGUUGGUCUGGCAAAAUUUUGGUCUCCUGCGAAUCAGCUGGACCAUGAGACCACUUUGACUGUUUGCUAAAGAAAGAGAUACUGGAGGAUCAAUGAGUUAUUUGGAGACUGUGUUAAAAUUAUCAGUUUGGUCCUUCCUGUGACAUGGUAGUUUAAGAUGCGACUCUUAUGUGGUGUUGCACAACUAUGCCCUAUUAAAAAAAUUCAGUAAGGUGUUGGCUUAAGCUGGGUUACUCGAUUGCCAUGCCCGAGGAGUGGUGUGUGAAAGUGCAAAUGUAAGACAUAUUUUUAAAGUCAUGAUGGCAUCUUAAAUGUUAUUUUAUGUUAUUAAAAAAUGUAACUUUUAGAACUGUGUGACUAGUGUGAGAUUAAGCUGUUCAUAACACAAAGAGCAUUGGGAUUUAUUUAGAGCUGCGCUAAUCAGUGUUUAUGAAGACUAUGGAAUAAAGAUUACAAAGAAUACUGUGUUCUCCAAAGCUUGCCAGUGUAAUAGAAGAUGUUUAGUUGUGUAUAGUAACUGGUGUACCUGGAAAAGAAGAACUGUUCUCUUUGAGCACAAAGAUAAGGUGGUAAAACACUUUACAUUGAUGUGGGUAAUAGUAAUGUGAGUUUGAAUCCAGUUGGAAAUGCUGUGUUUUAAAUAACCUCCUGAGUGGCGUCAGUGGCCUAGUGUUUAGGCUACCGGACUUGUAAUCAUGAGGUUGCGGGGUCGGGGGUUCUUGGGGAAAGGCACUUUACACAAAUUUUCUUCACUUCACCCAGGUGGAAAUGGGUAGGCUACCUGGCCAUAGACUGAGAAAGAUUUUGUUAAUAUGUUAGUGUUUUAGCGCCUAUAAAUGGCUGCUUGCACUGUAUGCUUACCAGGAAGUUUCAGAAUGCUCUCAGAUCUGCUGGGGUAAUAAUAUAGAUUGUGAAGCGCAUAGAGCUUGCUGUUGAGCGGGGAUUCGCGCUAUAAAAAUGCUAUCUAUUAUUAUUAUUCUAUUAUUAAAAGACUUGUACUCAAAAGUUUUUCUUGAAACAAAAGGACAGCAAAUAAGGUAUUGCCGUACUCUGACUAGGCAUAACCUACAAGUUGACUUUUAUCUUGUACCACAAUUCCCUCUAUCAGUGUUUCAUGCUUGUAUUUUGUUUUUAAAGUGUUGCAAGUUGCCUUGCUUCUUUCCUCAGUGUACUGUGAUAAGUGUCUUUAUGGAGUCUGAUCCUUUUUUUGCACUACUCAGCUGUUGGUUGUUGGUAUUUUCACCUGAUGGAGAAAAUUUAGUUUUUAUUAAGGUUUCAUACUCUGAGCAUGAUUUGUUGUACUUAUGAUGUUGUUCACAAUAUUUCAUGAAAAGUUUAUAGCAAUGUUUUCUUAGAAGGUGUUCAUUGUUUUUUUGUGCCAUUACCAUAGUGAAUGGCCAUAAUGUUUUGUCAAGAUCAAUUUUUACGAUGGGGAAUGUUUUUUUUUUAAAGUAUUAUCUUUUGGACUACUCAACACAUUUGUUUUUUUCAUGUCAUAGUGCAGUUUAGAAAGAAA